AUGGCUUCCGCUGUGUUCUUCCUCGACCUGAAGGGCAAGACCCUCCUGGCACGUAACUAUCGAGGAGAUAUACCGAUGUCAGCAGUGGAGAAGUUUCCCAUCCUCCUGUCCGAAGCAGAAGAAGAGUCCUCUGCUGUGCCUCCCUGCUUUUCUGAUGAAGGAAUCAAUUACCUCUACAUACGACACAACAAUCUCUACCUCCUUGCGCUGACCAAACGGAAUACCAAUGCCGCUGAGAUCCUGCUUUUCCUACAUAAAAUUGUAGAAGUCUUUACAGAGUACUUCAAAGAACUUGAAGAGGAGAGCAUACGAGACAACUUCGUCAUCAUAUAUGAGUUGCUCGACGAAAUGAUGGAUUUCGGAUACCCGCAGACGACGGAAUCUAAGAUAUUGCAGGAAUAUAUCACGCAAGAAUCACACAAGCUGGAAAUUCAAGCACGACCACCAAUUGCCGUCACAAAUGCAGUUUCAUGGCGAAGCGAAGGGAUUCGAUAUCGCAAGAACGAGGUAUUUUUGGAUGUCAUCGAAUCUCUCAACCUGCUCGUUUCUUCGACCGGCAGUGUGCUGCGAUCUGAAAUCUUGGGCGCUGUGAAGAUGAAAUGCUACUUGUCUGGAAUGCCGGAGCUCAGGCUAGGUUUGAACGACAAAGUCAUGUUCGAGACCACGGGGCGAUCGACAAGAGGGAAGGCAGUAGAGAUGGAAGACGUCAAGUUCCAUCAAUGCGUACGAUUGAGUCGGUUUGAGAAUGAUCGAACGAUUUCCUUUAUUCCUCCGGAUGGUGAAUUCGAGCUCAUGAGCUAUCGACUCAACACACAAGUCAAGCCGUUGAUCUGGGUCGAGUGUGUUGUCGAGUCUCAUUCUGGGUCAAGAAUAGAAUAUAUGCUCAAGGCAAAAGCACAGUUUAAACGACGGUCCACAGCAAACAACGUGGAGAUCUCAAUACCGGUUCCAGACGAUGCCGACUCACCAAGGUUCCGUACCAACAUCGGAUCUGUGCAUUAUGCUCCAGAAAAGUCCGCAAUAGUCUGGAAGAUCAAGCAAUUUGGUGGUGGAAAAGAAUUCCUGAUGCGCGCAGAACUAGGCCUGCCAAGCGUGAAAGGAGACGACGAGCACGGAGGUGGCAUGACUGGCGGGUUUGGAGGAAGCAUGGGUGGUGUCAGAGGCGAAAGCAAGUCGAGAAGACCGAUCAACGUCAAGUUCGAGAUUCCAUAUUUUACGACAAGUGGCAUUCAGGUCCGGUACUUGAAGAUCAUAGAACCAAAGCUGCAAUAUCCCUCACUACCUUGGGUCAGAUAUAUCACUCAAUCGGGAGACAUAGCAGUGAGGUUACCGGAUGUGCAAUGA